AAUCCGCGCCCUUAUAACAUAAAACCGACAGAUUUCCACAUCUGGCUUUGGUUAUGAGGCUCCCUCAGUUUCAAAUGGCCGCCCCCUUGGAGCCUCACUUCCCCAGCCCUCCCCUUCCGGUUUUGCGCCCAUCUUAAGUGGUGAAUCUGUCGAACAUCCUCCAAACCAAAAAAAAAAAAAAAGACCUCGCGGCCGAGCCGAUUCCUUAUAGGACAGAGUAGAACUGCCCCAUAGGGUUGCCAAGGAGCGGCUGGUGGCUUAGAACUGCUACCUUUUGGUUAGCAGCUGAGCUCUUAACCGCUGCGCCACCAGGGCUCCUUCUGAAAUGGUACAGGUCUUUUAAUCUUUCCGGGACCCUUCCAGUUAGAAUUAAAAAUCUCCCUCAUCUGAGCUCUCAGCACUAUGUUCGUUACUCAUAGCAUUUAUUUGGUAUUCUGCCUUGUAUUGUAGUAGUAUGUUAUUCAUUUAUUCCCAGUUUUUCAGGCUCUUUUCUCUCCCCGGUAAUUUUCUUAUUCAUUUGCACGUGAUUUCUUGUCUGCAUGCCUUUGCACAGUGCCGCUCCUGCUCCACCCGUCUCACGCUGUUCAUUUUAAUCUGGCAAGGCACUGCGCCUCACUUCUUCGCUCUAAAGCGUGACAUUAUUCUGUCGGGCACAGUUAGGCACUUCUUCACCUUAAUACUGUAUAAUAAGGGGCAAACUAAGGCCUGGAGGACAAAUCCGACUGAAUACUUGUUUUUGUGUAGCCAGGGAGCUUAGAAUAGUUCUUUUUGCAGAUGAACAUUUGCAACCUGAAGAUGGAAAACACACAUCUUUAAUCCCAAUUAAGCGAAAUGUUAUCUCCCCCAAAAGAAUUCUAUUCUUCUCAUUUAUAAACAAAAGAUUGUACUUGUUAUGCUUAUUUUUAUUUAAUUCCAUCAAUUAAAAACUUGGGGAAAUGUCUUUCUUGUUGUAUAAGUACCAGGAGCCCGGGGGCGCAGUGGUUAAGAGCUCGGCUGGUAACCAAAGUGUCAGCAGUGCCAAUCCACCAGCCACUCCUUGUAAACCCUGUGGGGCGGCUCUAGUCUAUCCUAUAGGGUCCCUUUGAGUCGGAAUCGCCUAGACGGCAGUGAGUGUAUAAGUACUUACAUAAUAGUCUUCAUUUUGCCUUUUGGCCCAUAAAGUGUAAAGAUUUACUAUCUGGCCCUUUACAGAAAAAGUUUGUGACAGUAUACACACCACAAUGCUUCCUUUCCUUCUUUCCACAUUUUGUGGGCACUUUUUAUCUUCCUGAAAUGAAGUAGUUCAGUUCUGUGGGAGAAAAGAUUAAAGAAAUCAUUACAAUACAGUGUGAUUUUGUGUGCUGACAGAAUUAUGCAAUUCAAAUAGGACCAUAGAAGACUGACCUCUGACCUAGCUUAAGGACUCAGAGAAGGUUUCCUGGAGGACAUGAUCCCUGAGUUGAGCCUUAAAUAAAUAGGAAGUAAGUGGAGAAAGAUCAUUCCUAGCAGAGGGAACAAAUGAGCAAAAACAUUGAGGCCUGAAGGAGCUUGGUGUGUUAAGGGAACAAUGAAUGGUUGGGAAUGACUAGUGGUGAGGCUGAAAAGGUAGACAAGGGCCAGAUCUCAGAGGACCUUACAUCUUAAUGUUAAUGAGCUUGGACCUAUUUUCUGAGCAGUGUUGGGCUUUGUAGCAAAGCCAGCUUUGCACUGUGGUUAGAUAACUCUGGUGGCUAUUUGGAAGAUGGUUGGCGGAGUCAGAUCUUGGAAUGACGUUGUACUAUUUCAGUAGACGUGAGGGCAUGAAUUAGGACAGUGAAAAUAGGGGUAGAGAGGACAUGAAGAUGAGAAAGAGUUGGGAAAUAAAACCAGCAGGUAUUAACCAUUUGGAUGUUAGAAUUGAGGAGGAAGGACAAGCCAAAGCUGAUUCCAGAUUUCUAGCUGGUGCUGGUCACCAGCUGAAAGGGAGAGUACUGGAGUAUGCAUUCUAUAAAUGUUGAAAUUGUAUUAUUUGUUCUCAUGUGAUCAGUGGAUAGCUUUCUGUUGAAACAGCUUCUGCUUUUCCUGCUUCUAAGUAAUGUCCAGUGAUGUUAGAGGGGUGGGAUGCUGGGAGUGGAAUUGAGAAGCCUGUACCUAUGGUAAAGGCCUGGAGUUGUCUAGGGUUUCUUGGGCCCUUGCACUUACUGUUUUCUCUGCCUGGAGUGCUUUUUUCUCAGUUAACUGCUGCCUCACUUUCUUUGAGUCUCUCUGCUCGAAUGUUACCUUAUCAGAGAGAACUUCCCUGCCACCCUGUAUAAAAGGCAUCCCAUUUGUCAUUUUCUGUUCCCCUUUUCUGCUUUUUUUAAUUUUAGGACUUGUAAGUACUACAUGAUAUAUAGUUAUUUAUUCUUUCUCUCAUCUCCCUCUCACCCCCUCAAGAAUGAAACCUACACAAAGCAAGGGAUUUUGUGAGUUUGGUUUUCUGCAAUAACACUAGUGUCUAUCACAAUCCCUGUGCACAGUGAGUGGUGAGCUGGAUUUUUUCCUCUCAUCCCCUCUUUUAAAAGUCUCUGUAAACAUUUAAAAAAAAAAAAAAGAGCUAUACCAAAGCAUGUCUAUAAAACAUUUGUUAUAUUUAAAAUUUUAUAUUUCAUACUUUUAACCCCACACAGAAUGACCUCUAACCUCCUUUUUGAAUGUGAAGCCUCGGGGCAGAUGGUUCCCUAUGGGUGCUUCUCCCCUUCUUCCAUUGUGAUUUACAACUCUUGUAAAUGAAGAAGUGGUAAAGAAUUAAUUAGAUUGGAAGCAUGUUGUGAAAUUUAUUAGAUUUGUUAGAGAUAUGGGCUGUGUUACAUUUAAUUUGCCCAUCUAGACUAGAAUCCUACCUUUGGGGGCUCUAGCCCUUUUAUACCUCAACCUUUGAAGACUGCUUUUAUGCUGACAGCAUAGUAAGGUGAAGAUACUUGAUACCACUUUAUCAGGUUGAAAAUUAAGACAUUUUAGAAUUUCCAUCUCCAUGCACAAAGGAUCAGAUCACUGGGAUGCAGUAGGGUUUUCACUGGAUGAUUUUUCAGAAGUCUAUUACCUGUCCUGGCCUGGAAUCCCCUCUGAAGCCUGUUCAACAUCAUAGCAACGCGCAAGCCUGCACUGAUAGAGGGUGGCUGUGCUUGAGGUGCGUUGGCUGGGAAUUGAACCAGGGUCUCCACAUGGAAGAAUUAAGGCAGAAUCUCUACUAUUAUUUCUAACAUCAAUUCCAAACUAUCGAUCCUUGGACAACAGUGCAAUUAUAUGAAAUCAUGGCUGGUUAUAAGCCUGUAGUUAUUCAGACAUACCCUAUACUUGGUGAAAAAAUCACUCAAGAUACCCUGUACUGGAACAACUAUAAGACCCCUGUGCAGAUUAAGGAAUUCGGUGCUGUGUCAAAAGUCGACUUUUCUCCACAGUCUCCAUAUAAUUAUGCAGUCACAGCUUCCUCACGGAUUCAUAUUUAUGGCCGAUACUCCCAAGAACCCAUAAAAACCUUUUCCCGAUUUAAGGACACAGCGUACUGUGCUACUUUUCGACAGGAUGGUAAACUGCUUGUGGCUGGCAGUGAAGACGGUGGAGUUCAGCUUUUUGAUAUAAGUGGGAGGGCUCCCCUCAGACAGUUUGAAGGCCAUACAAAAGCAGUUCACACAGUAGAUUUUACAGCUGACAAAUACCAUGUGGUGUCUGGGGCUGAUGAUUAUACCGUUAAGCUAUGGGAUAUUCCAAACUCCAAAGAAAUUCUGACAUUUAAAGAACAUUCUGAUUAUGUGAGGUGUGGAUGUGCUAGCAAACUGAACCCAGAUCUCCUUGUAACAGGGUCAUAUGAUCAUACUGUAAAGAUGUUUGAUACACGAACCAAUGAGAGUGUUAUCUCUGUGGAACAUGGGCAGCCAGUGGAGAGUGUCCUGCUUUUUCCCUCUGGAGGUCUUCUGGUGUCAGCAGGUGGUCGUUAUGUUAAAGUCUGGGACAUGUUAAAAGGAGGACAGUUGUUAGUGUCUCUGAAAAAUCAUCACAAAACUGUGACGUGUUUAUGUUUGAGCAGCUCUGGACAGAGGUUACUCUCUGGCUCACUGGAUAGGAAGGUGAAAGUAUACAGCACUGCUUCCUACAAAGUAGUCCACAGUUUUGAUUAUGCAGCUUCAAUUUUGAGUCUUGCACUUGCACAUGAAGAUGAGACAAUAGUUGUAGGAAUGACCAAUGGAAUACUGAGUGUUAAACAUCGGAAAUCUGAAGCAAAGAAGGAUGCUUCUUCCAGGAGACGAAGGCCUGCAUAUCGAACCUUUAUUAAAGGGAAAAACUACAUGAAGCAACGGGAUGACGUUUUGAUCAGUAGACCAUCAAAAAAACACCUGGAAUUGUAUGACAGAGAUCUAAAAAAUUUCCGGAUUUCUAAGGCGCUGGACAGAGUCCUUGAGCCCGAAGUUACAAUGAAGACACCUGAGGUUACAGUUUCCAUCAUAAAGGAGCUAAAUCGAAGAGGAGUUCUUGCGAAUGCUCUUGCCGGUCGGGAUGAAAAGGAACUCAGUCGUCUUCUUAAUUUUUUGAUAAGGAAUCUGUCUCAGCCAAGAUUUGCUCCUAUUUUGAUAAAUGUUGCUGAAAUGAUUAUCGAUAUAUAUUUGCCUGUGAUCGGUCAGUCACCUGUAGUGGAUAAAAAGUUUUUGUUACUUCAGGGACUUGUAGAAAAAGAGAUUGAUUACCAAAGAGAACUGCUAGAAACCUUGGGGAUGAUGGAAAUGCUUUUUGCUACUACGACAACAAAAGAAAGCACUUUUACAUUGGAACAUAAAUCUGAUGAAUUUCUGGAAAACAGGAAGAUAGAAUCAUAGUGCCUGCUGAAUACCAUAAGAACUGACUUGAAGUAGAUUUAACUCUAUUAACUAUUGGAAAGAGGAUCUCCUUGGUACAUUAAAAAAACUAUUUACAGAGUAAUUUUAUGGAAGAGACUGGGAUGAUUAUGAUUGGAAGAUUAGUACCUGUUUUAAGACAUGAUGUCCCAUGUAAUAUUUUGAGUUAUUUUAUAACAUCUUCAGCUGGAAGAUCUCAGUGGUUCUGAUCACUUAUGUUCACCUUGGAUGAGUUGAUACUAAUUUUAAUACAGUUAAAGUUCUGUAUCAAAAUUUGGGUAAGCAUUCAGAUGGGAGUUCAAAUAUGAAUGCUUUCUGGAGAAGGCUUCAACUGGGAAUUCUGCCAAAGAAAUAGGGCUUUACUGUUUUUUUUUUUUUUUAACUUCUGUCCUGGAAAAAAGCAAAACAAAAACAAACAGCAACAACAAAAAUCCCUUUAUUCACUCUCAUCAGUGCACUGGGAACUUCCAGGCCCCUUGAGCCUGUCUCUCCUCCCCUCUUGGUGUCAGUCACUUGUCUAGGUCACAAGCUCUUUUUGAGCUGGUAAUAGAGCAGUAUCCUUUUCCAAGUGCGGAAAAUCAAUGGCCAGCUUUGGAUAAUUGACACUAGCUGGACCUGUGUUUGCAGAGUGUGAUGAGGCAAGAUUGAGAUUUCAAAAUGAUGCUUUCCAUCCCAGAUGUUUCUUGAACCUUGACUCUUUUUUGCUCUGUGGACUUACUGGACCACGUUUUUUCUUCUUUCCUUAAAUAUACAGCAUUUCUGUCAGGUUUUCAACUUCAGGCCAGAGGAAUAAUAAAAUUUACCAUUUCACUUUAUAAUACACUGAAACCUGAGAGAGCUGGAGCUUGACGCAAGUACCUUGUUUUUCCAGGUCUCGAAAGUUUUCUGCUUUUGACAGCGCGCAGUCUUACCACUUUUCUAUUGCUCUCUAUUAGUGGAAAAUAUUUUGAGUUUUCCUUCUCUGUUAGGUUUCCCCCUUAUACAGGUUCUGGCUUUUGCAGCUUUUACUGUAAUGAGCCUUUCACACAUACGCUUGGAGCUUACCUUGUAGCUAACUUCUACCUCUUUAAAAACCAUUUUCUCUGAUCUCCUCUGAGAUAUUUCUCUAUUCUUCGCAAUCAUCCUGUGUUUCAAAACCCCAAACCAGAGUAACUUUGAAAAAUGGUUGUGUUUUUUAAAAUUUCAAUGUAAAUCACAUCUUUUAUAAAAAGAUUUGUAUUUUCUUUUUGGCUGUCUUAGAUGUAUCAGUUCCUGGUGGAUAUUCACAGGCUAGUGUCUCCUAACACGUUUAUUUCACAGUUGCUACCGCUCCUACCUUUCCCCAGUUCUUCCCUGUAACAAGUAAUUAUCUGUAAGGAAAUAUGUCUCAAGCUAAAAGAGUCCUUCGUUAGAGGAAGGUUUUGUAAUGGGCAUCUCCUCAUGAAUUAAAUUCUGUAAAUUGAGAUUUUUUUUCUUAAGAAGGGAAAAAGUGGGAUACAUGCGUUCUAGUAAUGACAUAUUUUCAAAGACAGGGCCUGGUUUGCCUUUCAUGAACUGAUUUAAGCAGAAGGAGGGAUCUCGGAAAGCAAUCAUAUGGCGUUUGUAAGGAAUCAGGAGCUUGUUACCCUGAGUAUGGGAUUAGUCAGGGUCAGAAGCUGUAUCUUCAGGUUAAGAAAAGGUUAAUUUAUUUAAAUAAGAUUUCUAUUUAAAAAGCUUUUUUUUUAAAAAAAAAAAAACAUUUAACUUCAUAGGUAUGCUGAUAACUUGUAUACUAGUAGAACCUAGAAGUCGAAAUUCUAUCUAAAACUAGCUGCCAUCGAUUGUGUACCAUGCGACGAGGGUCUCCCAAUACCAUAUCUUGUCUGAUUCUCACCACAGCCGUCCCAGGUUGCUCUUAUGUUCUCAUUUAACGCUGCAUUAUCUAAAGUAGCUCUUCACCCUUCAGGUCCCCAAGCCUGAGCGCCUACAUCAUCCCAGCUCUCAGAACUGCCUGCCUGCAACCUAACCUACCUAUUCCCACUAACAAAACUUCACCAAGUGCGGCAGUUGUCAAAUGAAGUAUGUAAUGACUACAAAUUUUCAAAAAGGCUGGGAAACAAUUCCUAUAGUCACCAAUACUUUUGUGUUACGUUGAGAAGUGGUUUUUACACAUGGGGACAAACUGUGUAGUAUUUGCACUUUGAAGUAUUUAAACAGUUGGUGUAUUACAGUAUGCAACAUUGGCCUUAAAAUUCUAAUUUACAGUGCUUGACAUUUUCAGACUUAUGGUUUAUAGUUAAAAGGUAUUUUAAAAUGUUAAUAAGCCUGCGGAAAUAGUGGAAUGUUUCAAAGAACUUAGAAAGUCUUCUGUGUGUUUAAUUUAUUGUAUUUAUAAGAGUUAAGCACUUGGGAAAGUUUUGCUUGUUGGGUCAAUCAUUUGAAGUGCUGCUUAAAAGAAAAUCAAAUACCUUAAAUGUAUACAUGCUGUUAAAUUGUUUAAAGGAAUUUGAAUUGUAAAUGGUACUGCUUAAAAAAAAUUUACUCUGUUCAACUUAAAUGAACUUUAUCAAACCUUAAAGACCCCCUUUGAAAGUGAUUAUUAAAAUGUUCUAGAUUUCUAAA